AGAUUACAAGCGAAUUGUAUACAAAAUAAACUCUUCUGUUGGUUUUAUUGAAUUAUGUUUUAAGCCUAAACAUACUUUAAAUGGGCAUUAUGAGGGAGAUGCUUCAUGAGGUUGACUUUUUUGUAUUGUUAAGCUGUCCUUGCUGUGCGCGCCUGCUAUAGGCCUACACACAGCUGGAGCUGUCAUGCUUUAAUUUAUCACUGAGAUAAAUCUGCAAUUGAGUUUCAACGAUCAACAACCUAUCACUGCCAGGCGCAGCAAAAAAGCCUCAGCAUCAGCUCAAGGUAGCAGCCGUCACUGGUGACGCUUGGGGCACCGGGCCAUUUCGUUCGCGUGGUCGUCCGUCCUUCCCCCUACAGCGACUGCGUUAUAACCACCGAGAGAGUCGAGUUGACAGAUUUGCCCUGGGACUGAGCAUCCAAGGUUACGCAUCCAAAAAUCCAAGGGGAAUGGAGACAUUCAACCAUAAUCUUAAUGCAUAUAUUGACUCAUGGAUGGGUCCAAGGGACUCCCGCGUGCGAGGAUGGCUGCUGCUGGAUAACUACCCACCAACUUUUGCACUGACUGUCAUGUACCUCCUGAUGGUGUGGAUGGGGCCUAGAUACAUGAAGAACAGGCAGCCGAUCUCCUGCAGGGGGCUGCUAGUAGUGUAUAAUCUAGGCCUCACUCUCCUCUCCCUGUACAUGUUUUAUGAGCUUGUGACCACAGUGUGGCAAGGAGGCUACAACUUCUUCUGUCAGGACACUCACAGCGCCAGGGAAACGGACCACAAGAUUAUCCGAGUCUUGUGGUGGUAUUAUUUCUCCAAGCUGAUCGAGUUUAUGGACACCUUGUUCUUCAUCCUGCGGAAGAAUAAUCACCAGAUCACAUUCCUGCACAUCUACCACCACGCCAGCAUGCUCAACAUCUGGUGGUUCGUCAUGAACUGGGUGCCGUGUGGACACUCCUACUUUGGGGCCACACUGAACAGUUUCAUCCACGUCCUGAUGUACUCCUACUACGGGCUGUCGUCCAUCCCGGCCAUGCGGCCCUACCUCUGGUGGAAGAAGUACAUCACCCAGGGGCAGCUGAUUCAGUUUGUUGUCACCAUGGCUCAGACGAGUUGUGCGUGGGUUUGGCCGUGUGGCUUUCCCAUGGGCUGGGUUUACUUCCAAUUAUCUUACAUAGUGACCUUGAUCUUCCUCUUUUCAAACUUCUACGUCAAGACUUACAAGGGCCAUGGCGGGUCCCUAAAGAAGGACUAUCAGAACGGCUCAGCAGCCACAAAGAACGGGCACAUGAAUGGGGUGGGCCCCACAGACAGCAAAAGCUACAGGAAACUGAGGGCUGAUUGACAUCUGCUCCAGGCCCAUAAGCAAACCUCACUAUCUUCACAGUAGUGCAUAUCCAUACAAUAUUGCUAGGAAGCAGUGCGAGAUGUCUUAUCAGGAAACCAUAGGAGAUAUAUGCAGAUUUUAUCCACUGUAGAAAAAAGCCAAAGCCAUUUUGAUCUUUGAGACUCCUGAAGUUGCACACCAUGACCUGUUAUUAUUCAUAUUGAAUCAAAACACAUGACCGCUGAGAUUAUGCAGAGUUCUAGCAUGGGAAAUCUUCUGAUGAAGGUCAGUAAGUACAUUUCCUUUGUGCAGAUUAAAGAUUAGAAAGAUUUUUUUGGUUAAUAUAUUGAUGACUGUUAAUUACAAGUAUUACAUUAGUUUCUUAGUCUUUGUCAUGUAACCAGCCACUGACGUACAGUAUAAGGGUUAUAUUUGAUAGAUGCAGCCUCGAUAUUUAGCAUAAAGCAAAUUAUCCUUAUAGCAAAUCAACAAAUGAACAUUAAAUGAAAUAAAUUGAUCCAAAAAGGAAUAUCACUAUACUCGCAAUUAUCACAAAUACAUAAUGGCUUCUUUAAAGCUUGCUUAAUCCUUAAACAUGCAAAUGCAUGCGUUAUCCAAAUGGACGACUAGAUCAAUGAGAGAAAAAAGGUAAAAAUGUACUUUUUAUUUCACAAUAGUGCUUACAUAAAUUAAUGUCCCUGCCUCUCCAAAUAUGGCAACAGUAGAUUGGGUAAAGUGUAAUACCCCGAAUUAACCUGUAGGUUUCUUGAUGUGGCUGCAGUCUUAGGUGACAGUCUCAACGACUGUUUACCUCUCCAGCUCUAACUUGCCCUUUCUGUGCAAAAUUCAGUGCAGCCAAUUUCUUUUUUUUCCCUUUUUUUCUUUUCUGAAUGUUUGCCUGCUCUGAAAUGUUACAGAUUGUCUUUUCUUUGUCUGUAGAGAAGUUCUAAUGAAAGGCUGGUUUAGGAGACGACAGAACCAAAUAUAUCAGACAUUUGAUAGCAGUAUUGUUGAUUUAAAUAAGAGUAUUUUGACAUUCCCCCCCAAAAAGUCUUAUCAGCUUCUUUCAGCGAGUUCGACUGCACUCCUGAGGCUGAAAUGAACAUUAAUAUUAUGCAUUGAUGAUGACUCAGGAAAACCCAAGGUCCAAAGCCUGUAGAGAUGAUAGCCAUUUUUAGCAUCUUAGGCUGAGGGUUGCAAAAAAAGUCACAUAGCAAUGAACAGAACUACAAGAUCUUCAUGUGUGUGUGUGUGUGUGUGUGUGUGUGUGUGUGUGUGUGUGUGUGUGUGUGUGUGUGUGAACCAACUUUACGUUCAGGUUUAGCAGCAAUGGCAGUUAAGAUGGCUGACACUGCUGUUAGUGUGCUUUUGUACUGUGUUGAUGCGAUUUGAAGUACCGCCGUUUCUGUAAUAUCUCACCUUGUCCAGACCUAGCAUUGUGAAUGUUGACAGUAUUCCUCCCCUUGUCCGUUUCAAUGUGAAUGUGCACUACUUCACCCUCUUGACUGCAACUAAACGGCAAGCCUCCCAAACUCAACAGUUUGGAUGGGGUUGUGCGUGUGAGUGAGAGACACAAAAAUGUAAGUGGGUUGUUUCUGUAGAUUCACACUUACAGUAUCCAGUCUACAGCAUACUGAAACUUUGUGUUCUCUCCGUGCUAAGUACUUGACUUCAGUCUCUGUGGUUCAGAUGGCCAACCACAAAGUAAACUUGCACUUGAGUGUAUGUGUGUCAAUGUGUAUGCCCUACAUUCACGCAGUGACUAGUCCUAAGAAGCCAAACCAUUGCAGGACAGAGACCCCUGUAGCUACAGCAGUGCAUCUGAUUAUUUAAAAUCAACUGGUUGUAUGAAGGGCAAUGUGUCAUAAGUACCCCAAGCACUCAAAUUGUAGCAGAACCACGUUGUGAAUAUUUGCGAUACUUUUAUACUCUAUUAGUCCAACGGAUUGGAUUGGAAGAGAUGGAUCUGAUUGGUCAUGUCUGAUUUGGUGGAAAUAUAGUCCAAUAUCUCAGAGCUAAGUUCAAAUUCAUGGGCACAGUUCAAAUCCAUGGCAACUAAUAUGAUUUAUGCAUCAGCUAUUCUAAAACAACAAUUGCUUUGCAAUUACCCCUUGUUUGCUAUAAAACUACAUGUUUAUGUUUUGCAUAUGUAUUCUAUGGCUUUUCUGUCUGAUGAAUUACAUUCCAUUCCUUUUUCACUAAAAUAACUGGUUUCCAUUCCUUUAUUUAGUUAGUUGCCAUUUUCUGACCUAUAUUUUGACCUAAAUUUCCCCUGGGCAAACCAGCCCAAUAAAGUAAUUUGCGGUUGUCACUUUCCAUUUUCCUGCGAGUAUUGCCUUAAUAGUGUUCACUGCUGUUUGACUUAAAAUCAGUCAUUGCACACUGUAUGAAAAAGUAUGAAUAUGCUGUGCUGUCCAUAUGCCUUACUGCACCAUUGACCAUUUGGCAGCUAGUGAGCAUUUCAGUUGUCUGAUUGAAUUUUUCCAAGGCAUUUGUGCCAGCCAAUCCAAUCACUGAACGCAAGAACACUAAGAGCAAUAAGCACUGUUAUUGCUGUCCAUUUGGACGAUUUUUUUCCAAACUUUAACACCCAAAUGUAUAUGAAAAGUGCCACUUUUUUAAAUUGUCUAGAGUGUUCUCUUUCCACUCCUCACAGUAAUCCAUGCUUUGCCACUGGGAUGUCAUUACAUAACACAACAAAUUGUAUUUUUAUUUAUUUUCCUUUAGUUUUUACAUGUGUUUGUCUUUUAUUUAUUUAAAAAAUAAUGAAAAAUAAUUUGCGCUCAAUGGGCUUCAGGUAUUAGUUGGGCAACUAGUCCCCGCAUCACACCAGCUUCUUGUCUGUUAGUUCACCACAUAUGGACCGUACUCUGCUUUCUACAAGUACAGUUAAAAGUUAUUAGACACCCCAUUGUUGGACUGUUCUGUCUGUGAAGUUUAAAUAAAGGUGCAAGUAUGUA